CCCUCCGCCUCUCGAGCACUGCGGUCCCCUGCGCCUAGAAGUCCGAUGGCGGCGGCGGCGGCGUUGAGGGACCCGCCUCAGGAUAGUGUGACUUUUGAAGAUGUGGCCGUGAACUUUUCCUGGGAGGAAUGGGGUCUUCUUGAUGAGUCUCAGAAACGCCUGUAUCAUGAUGUGAUGCUGGAGAACUUGGCACUUAUAAGCUCCCUGGGUUGUUGGCCUGGAGAAGAGGAUAAGGAGGCAUUUUCUGAACAGAGUAUUUCUGAUCAAGGAUACUCACAGAUCAAGAUUGUUAAGGCAGGUCUGUCUCCACAGAAGGCCAACCUCUAUGAGAUAUGUGGCCCUAUCUUGAGUGACAUUUUUCACUUGGCUGAGUACCAGGAAACACACUGUGGGCAGGAACUCCAUGUGAGUGGGAUAUGUGAGAAGCCAUUCUAUUUUAGAGUAAACUUUCAUCAGCACCAAAAGCAGCAUAUUGGAGAGAAACCAUUGAGAAGUGAUGUGGGGAGAGCCUUGUUUGUGAACAGCUGCAAAGUCUAUGUAUCAGUGAAGCCCUUUACCCUUGGGAAUAUUGAGAAGGACUUCCUGGGCAACUCAGGAUUUCUUCACCAACAGGCCACACACACCUGGCACAAGUCACACAGUGGAACUAAGUGUAAGACUCCCUUUCUAAGGGGAAAAAAUCAUUAUAAUUGGGGAGACUACACAAAACCUAUGAGUGGCAAACACACACUUGUUCAGCACCAGAGAGUCCUCACUAGAGAAAGAUGUUACAUGUGCAGCGAAUGUGGAAAAUCAUUUAGCAAAAGCUCUCAUCUCAUUAGACAUCGGAGCGUUCACACUGGAGAAAGGCCUUAUGAGUGUAACGAAUGUGGCAAAUCUUUUAGCCAAAGCUCGAACCUCAUUCAGCAUCGGAGAGUUCACACUGGAGAAAGGCCUUACAAGUGCAGUGAAUGUGGGAAAGCCUUUAUCCAAAGAUCACAUCUCAUUCAGCACUGGAGAGUUCACACUGGAGAAAGGUCUUAUGAGUGUAAAGAAUGUGGGAAAUCUUUUAACAAAAGCUACAGCCUCAUUCACCAUCAGAGUGUUCAUACCGGGAGAAGGCCUUAUGAAUGUGGUGAAUGUGGGAAAUCAUUUUCCCAAAACUCUGUGCUCCUUCAACAUCAGAGAGUUCACACUGGAGAAAGUCCUUAUGAAUGCAGUGAAUGUCAGAAAUCUUUUCGACAAAGCUCUGCACUCCUUCAGCAUCGGAGAGUUCAUACUGGAGAAAGGCCUUACGAGUGUGGUGAAUGUGGGAAAUCCUUUAGAUAUAUCUCCAACCUCAUUACGCACCGGAGAGUUCACACAGGAGAAAGGCCUUACAACUGCAGUGAAUGUGGGAAAUCCUUUAAGAAAAACUCUUCACUCCAUCAACAUUGGAGAGUUCACACUGGAAAAAGACCUUAUGAGUGCAGUGAAUGUGGGAAAUCAUUUCGCCAAAAUGUUGUCCUCCUUCAACAUCAGAGAGUUCACACUGGAGAAAGGCCUUACAAGUGCAAUCAGUGUGAGAAAUCCUUUAGAUACAUAUCCAACCUCACUACUCAUCGGAGAGUUCAUACUGGAGAAAGGCCUUAUAAAUGUAGUGAAUGUGGGAAAUCAUUUAGCCAAAGCUCUAACCUCAUCACACAUCGGAGAAUUCACUCUGGGAAAAGGCCUUAGAAUUUGGGGAAUCUGUUGAGUUCUUUACCUACAACUCCAGUCUCUUAAAACACUGGAUCAAGGCCUUAUGAAUGCAAUGAAAGUGAUAAGGCCAUUAACCCAAAGUCUUGACUCUUUGGAACCACAGAUUUCAGAAGGGAAAAACACAUGUGUAGGAUCGUACAAUUUCCUUUUUCAGCGAAUCUACUCUUGAGAUCCUUCCUGGUGGUACCAUCUGAAUUGAACAUCAUACAUCCAAACAUCUGCAAACAUCCCAGCCUCCUGUGUUGUUUUUUGGUUGGCAUUACGUGGUGUCAGAAGCAGGAUACAGGAUGCAGACCUGCCCAAGCCCUCACCAACUCUGACACUGCCUUGGAUUCAAAGCAGGUGCCUAGAAGCCCUUUGAGCUUUUCAUCUCCUUGGUAAUCCCAGAUCAUGGUGAUACACACUUAAAAAGACAAGAGAUUGGACUUCCCCGGUGGCUCAGUGGUAAAGAAUCUACCUGCCAAUGCAGGAGAGCCUGGUUUUACCCCUGCUUCAGGAAAUCCCACGUGCUGAGGAGCAGCUAAGCCCGUGUGCUGCAACUGCUGAACCCGCAUGCCCUAGAGCCCGGGCUCCGCAACACGAGAAGGACACUGCAAUGAAGAGUAACCCCGGUGCGGUGCAACUUGAGAAAAGCCCUCUCAGCAACGAGGACCCAGCCCAGCCAAAAAUAAAUAAAUAAAAAACAAAAGAGAUUUACUUCUUGUUGAAAAUGGGGAAUGAGAUUUCCUUCCUCUCAGCAUUUACUUUAGAAAACUUGUAGGAACUGUCUCAUCUUUUUAAAAUGCAUGUCUUUGAAGACUUCUAAGAAGGCCUUUUUUCAGCUAGUCUUUUUUUUUUUUCCUCCAGGUUUAGGAUUCCUAUGUCUUUCUCAAGAACCUGGCUCCCAUCUCCUAACACUGAAGAUGGGGAGAUAGCUCACCAGGCAGUUCUGUUAGGAGGAUAGGAGUCGCAUCUUAGUGGAUGCCGUGCUCCGACUUUAAAAACUACCUUCAGUUAUAGGGAAGAGAAUUUUGUGUUUCCUCUAGAUAAAACCAGUAAACUACACAGUCACCCCAAUUACCAGGUAAAAUUAGGACUCUGUGUGACAAAUGGUAUUGUCAACUCCUCUUUCUCGAGGACUAGGGGAGUUAGAUUUUUUUUUUCUGUCUUUACAGUUUCCUAGUGGAUUGCUUGUGAUGCACUGUAAUCCUUUAAUACUUAUUUUAACAAUAAAAUUGAUUGUCUCUUUA